AUGGACAAAGCGACAAUCGCACCACCUAAGAUCAUCCAAGCUAUUACCGACACCGGCGGCAUUUGCAUCUACGACCAAGAUGGCAAUAUGAUCGUACCCAAGAAGACGGCCCGCACUCAGGUCCAGAGUCUUGUGAACGUGUUUCUCCCGGCCGGUUACCCGUAUACUGUCUCGGAUGAUUACACGUCCUACCAGGUCUAUGACUCGCUCCAGGCGUUCUUUAGCACCAUCGCCGGACUAUUGUCAUCGCGUGCUGUUCUCCAGGGCAUGGGCGUCGGCGACGCUGCCUCCUCCGCCACCGCUGCGGUGCUUCUGACUGUCUUCCAGGAGUCGACUGGCAGGCUGGCUACCAUCUUGUUCGCACACCGCUAUGGCCGCGCAAUUGAACCCGAGUGCAAGUUUUACCGCUACCUGGCGGACAUCGUCAACGACUCGGCAAUGUUCCUCGACAUCUUAUCGCCCGCACUCCCUUUCUAUCCAAAGGUCUUGGCAUUAUGUGCCGCGGGUAUCCUACGCGCACUUUGUGGUGUUUCGGGUGGUGCUGCUAAGGCCGCACUGAGCGCACACUUUGCGCGUAACGGCAACCUGGCUGAGCUCAAUGCCAAAGAUGGCAGCCAGGAAACUGUAAUUUCCCUAGUGGGCAUGCUUGCCGGCAGUCUCUUCGUCCACUUCGUCCACAGUCGAGAGGCAGUGAUGGCCUGGAUGGUCGUCCUUAUUACCCUCCAUCUUUGGACCAACUACCAAGCUGUCUCCGCUGUGCAACUGAAUACCCUGAACGCGCAGCGUCUUACUAUUAUUCUCGAUGAGUUCUACUGUGGCAGCGGUGCUAUUCUUCGCCCCAAUCAAGUCGCUGCCAAGGAGAAUAUUCUCAAUUGGGUGGGCCCCGCCAUCCAUUUCGCCGACUGCUUACCCGAGUGUAGCGAAGUUGAGGGCGUCAAUCUUGAGGAUUUUGUGGACGUUGGCUACGUCAUCGUGGAUGGGAAGAAGGGUAAAAAGAUCUUCCUGAAGGACCGGCCCUACCAUCCCGCUUUUCUGCUCCUCGGGGACCCAUUGGAUCCCGUGAUUGCCUGGAUCGAGGCAUACGCCGGGGUUCGUCUCAGUGAAGAGAAUGAUAUGUGGCAACGUCUUCUAGAUGCAGGCUGGAAGUUGCAUACCAGCAGUCUGGAGACGGGUCCUGCCAUUAGAGUCAUAUUCAAUGACUCUAAAAAUAAUCCUGUAUAG